AUGGAGAAAUUUCAAGAGUACUUAAUUCAAGAGCUACCUCCUACUGCUUAUUACGUACCCGAUUUUAUCAGUUCGGAACAAGCCCAGUAUUUGAUGCAAAAGAUUUAUGACGCACCGAAACCCAAAUGGACUAAAUUAUCUCAUCGAAGAUUGCAAAAUUGGGGAGGAAUACCUCAUCCAAAGGGAAUGAUUCAAGAGGCUUUGCCAAAUUGGCUUGAAGCACCAGCACAGAAACUUUCUGAGCAUGGAAUAUUUGGCAGCAAAAUACCAAAUCAUGUAUUAGUGAAUGAGUAUCAACCAGGCGAGGGUAUUAUGCCUCAUGAAGAUGGACCUUUAUUUUAUCCUACUAUUGCAACCAUCAACCUUGGAAGCCAUAUCUUCUUGGACUUUUACCAUCAUUUGGAAAAUUCUAAUGAUAGUAAGGAUAAUGAGGAUGGCGAUGCAACAAACUUUAAAAAAAGAUAUUUAGCAUCGUUGCUUUUAGAACCUCGAAGCUUACUAAUUUUAAAGAAUGACCUUUAUACCAAUUAUCUACAUGGUAUUCAGGAACGAACAACAGAUGUAGUGGAUGAAAAGGUAGUCAAUAUUAAAUUCUGCCAAAGCAAACUUGGAGACGUUUUAACAAGAAAAACUCGAAUAUCCCUAACGAUAAGACAUGUUCCAAAAGUGUUAAAAGUACAGUUAUUUAAGAAAAAGUAA